AUGGAAUCAGAUCAACUCAUUGAAAAUCUAAAAAUAUCACUAAGAGAAAUUGGCCUUGAGAAAUUUCAAAUACAAGAUUUGCAGUCGGAGAGAUCUUGUGAAUUCCUUACAAAACUGGCCAACUUAUUGUUUAAGACUCCAGCUAAGGUGGUAUAAUAGCUGUUCAAAGACUUGGACAUAGCCAAAGACCUGCAGAUACUUCUAGGGAAGGUAUUUAAAGAGGUACUUAAGAUCGGAGAUGACUUUUUGUCUCAAGUAGAGGUGAAAGUUCAGCAAUCAGAUUAAAAUGAACUUGGGGCUAAUCUGAUGAGGAAAGUCACCUACAACUGUCUGCAAUUCAUUUCAAUCUUUGGACAUCUUUUGGAUUACUUGGUUUAUGACUCUUAUAAACUAGAGAAUGCCUUGGAAACCUUCAGCAAGAGCAAGUCACUCAUGAAGCUAGUGCUAUCUCUGAUGCUGGAAGCAUAGAAAAUACAGACUAUCCAAAGACAAUUGUUAUACCUUUUCCCAAGUAGUAAGCGAAGCCAAUCUAGGGACGAUGACAGCAGGAUCAUCCUGAACUAUGCUAAGGUGCUGUUUAACUUGAUCAUCAAUCCGAAUAACAUAUUCAAGUAGCAGUUCGUGGAGGAGCAGGGUAUCUACAUAAUCAAGAAAAUACUCAAGAAAUCAUAUAUGGAAUCAGAACUAGAGAUAUACUUCUACUGUCUUGGCAUAAUCCCACCCAUCAUUAUCACUUACCCAUCCCAGGCUCAGUAAUUCCUAGAUAAUGCCUAUAUGGAUUUGCUGCAGGAGUAGUUGAUUGGAUUUUACGAGGAUACUUAGUAUCUCCACAUUGCCUCACCACUACUGCUUGCAAUUAAAGCUUUGGUGUCCAAAAGCAAUCAGCUUAAAGAGGAAUUCAUGAAAAGCACUUAAAGUCUUGAAGUUAUAUUUGAGAUAGCAGCAGACUCUUACGGUCAGCCAAGUCUGAAGAACAUAUACAUAUCCUCGGUUAUCUUGCUUUGCGAGUGUGGCUUUGAGGCUUUUGCCUAAAGUGUAGUUCCAGUAAAGAUUCAAGCACUGCAAUAGAGAUAUGGCUAAGACUCAGGUGAGGCUGGAGCUGACAUCAAACUCAAAGAACAAAUGAACAGACUAAAUGAGAAGAUUGAAAAGUUCAAGGUGUACCAGAGAGACUACAACGUGCAUGACUAAGCAUUGAAGAAUCUCAGAAAUAACAUAUUCGAUGACGAUUAACUAGAGAAAGCACUCCAAGAUCUUAAUAAAAUUUGGACUAAGAGUUUGAUUACAAGAAGUUUUUUCAUUACGAAUUAUGGUAACUUAGACUAGCUGAUGCAGUGUUUGAAAAACCUGGACGAGUCAGUGAUGCUGAAUUCUUGCAAGUGCUUGAUAACUAUCUUAAGCAAGGAAGAGGGAGCUUAGGAUCUGUUUCUCAGACAUAGAGGCAUCCAGAUACUUAAGAACUGCCUUCAAGACUACAACAUUGAUAUCAAGAAAUGUUCACUGAGUAUAAUGUGCAACCUAGUGCUGCUGAAAGAAGAGGUUAAGUUUGAGAUAUUCGAUAAUGGCGUGAUUGAGCUGUGUAUCCAUAACAUUGAUAAGUACCCAGAGGAUGAUAUUGAUGCUGAAACGCUUUGCCUGUCUCUAAAUCUUGUUUCUCAAGUGGUUUUGAAACAGCCAAAGAUAUAAGAGCACAUUAUUGCCAAGAGUGGAUUGAAUAAGAUAGUAAUGCAGCUAAAGAUACUCCUUGAUCAGUUCUAACGAAAGUAAGAGCAGAAUAUUAAGGUCUAGCUAGAGAUCUUUGAUAAAAUCUGCCUAGCAAUCAUAAAUAUAGUCUAUGGUAACAAACAGACUCAAGACCUGCUUCGAUCUGAGCUUUAGAUCUUCAACCCUCUGAUUAAUUUUCUUACCAAAUCAGUUGAGAACCUAGGUUAAUCCCCUAUAUAUAACCAGGACUCUAUUUACAACAUUCUUAACUUGCUUGUUAAUGCCAUUGACACCAAUAAAACUACAUAGGAAUAUCUGAUUAAGACUUUCAAAUGCUACGAUAUAAUGAAAGCAUUACUUACCCAGAACUCUUCACUCAGAAUAAAUGGACUAUCAGCCUUGCUGUUAUCUCAUCUGGUGUGGACUAAUGUAGAUGGGCAGGCUAUAUUCUCAACUAGAGAGAUCCUUAAAAGACUUAUAUUCCUAAUGGACUUCAAUCAGUUGAUAAAUGAAGGUGAAGCCGAGGCACCGAUUGAGAGUUUAAUGGAAGUUUCCUUUUACGCACUGCUAUCACUUAUCAAUUUGUCUCAUGAAAAUCUAAUAUGUCAGUAGCUUGUCAACAAAAUGGGAGGACUGUCAGUAAUCCUCAAACAGCUUAAGAGCCCAUCAUUUGAUCCUAAGAAAACAGCCUGCUUUUGUCUAGGUAAUCUAAUCUAAAACAACCAAGAAAAUGUGAAUGAGCUGCUUAAGUUAGAUGGGGUGAGUGUCUUAGUCAAUCUUAUCAAUGACGAAGAGGACGAUGAUCUUUCAAACAAGUCUUAUCAAUGUUUGGAGUACAUGGGGUCAUAAGCAGUAAUUGAACUAGCUAAGCAAACAAAGACGAUAGUAGAAAAAAGAGAAAAAAUGUGGAGAUAUGGAAACUGCAUCAUGCUAGAUGUGUUUAACAACAGAGAGAGACAUGUAUUUUUGAAAGCCUUGACAGAAAGCGAAACUUUACCUAGCUUAAGAGAGUUUGGACCCUAAGACUAAGAUGAUAUAAUCGACCUUAAAUCUUUGGAGAAACUGGAAAAGAUUCUGCCAGUUCUAAAUGGUCUUGUUUAUCUAAAGUCAGAGAACAGAGAGGCUUUACAGAAAGAUGUGGGCUUGUUGAAGAACCUCUUUGAUAUUUUCAAGUAUUAACUACCCAUUGAAAUACACGAGAAUGCUCUCUAUGCCCUUCUUAACAUUAUAAUUGAAUCUCCCAAGCAACUGAAAGAGCAGAUGAUUAACUCUGGGUUCUUCACAAGUUUGAUAUGCUUUAUCGAAGACCUGCAUUAGCUUGAAUUCUAGAUUCUAAGAUCUGCAUAGAAGUUUAUUAUAUGUGACUAUGGGAUUAAAGUAAACUAUCAGGAAGAAGAGGCUUUGCAAAAAGAGGAGAAGACGAUAGAAGAGAUACAACCUACAGUAUUUGAAGCCAAAUUAUACGAGUACUACAAUACUACUGAGAAGAUGUUCUAUAUUGAUCUAUCUAAAAACGAUGGCUCUAAGAGAUUAGUAGAAGGUAGGCAAUUCUAGGGAUUAGGGUUGAAGAAAUCUGAGGUAAUUAAGCAUCUUGAAGACUUAAGGGCUCUUGGCUACUCUAUUAUCAAUAAUGUCGUCAUUGGAAAUGCCAAGUUGGCUUUUAACCUUGUGAAGUUAAUAUUCAAGAAUCUGCCUAGAUUAGUUAUGAAGGAUGUAAUGAUACUGCCAAAUGUUUUAGAAAAAGCUCAGCAGACAAACACUAGCAUUGAAGUGCUUGAUUAUAGUGAAAAUCUGUGGGAUGAGAGUCUAGACUUAUUGCUCAAUCUCAUCAAUAUUAAGCAAGUAUAUGAGGUAUUUAGAGAAGUAGGAGGAAUGGAUAUAGAAUAUCUAGAAAACCUAAGGACUUAGUGUGAAUAGUACCAGCUGGAAAGUAACCAGAGUGCACAGUAGAAGAGUAAAACUAUUAUCGGCAAAAUUACUCAAGUUAUUAAUGAUAUUAAGUAGAUUAAUUGA